UCGCGUCACUUCCGUGUAGCAGGACCUCAGCUUCCCCGCUUCCGGUGGUGUUCUGCCGAUGUUCCCUGUUGGAUGAGGGGAUGACUUCGCUGAGAGCCUUCACGUGCGACGAUCUCUUUCGGUUCAAUAACGUAAAUUUGGACCCCCUCACAGAGACUUAUGGAAUACCCUUUUACCUGCAGUAUUUGGCACACUGGCCGGAAUAUUUUAUUGUUGCUGAAGCUCCUGGAGGAGAGAUUAUGGGUUAUAUAAUGGGGAAAGCAGAGGGCUCCGUAGCUCGGGAGGAAUGGCACGGCCACGUCACGGCUCUCUCGGUUGCACCUGAAUUCAGACGCCUUGGUUUAGCAGCGAAAUUGAUGGACUUGCUAGAAGAGAUUUCAGAAAGAAAAGGAGGAUUCUUUGUGGAUCUGUUUGUGAGAGUUUCCAACCAAGUAGCCGUAAACAUGUAUAAACAGCUCGGUUACAGCGUAUACAGGACUGUGAUAGAGUAUUACUCGGCCAGCAACGGAGAGCCGGAUGAGGACGCCUAUGACAUGAGGAAAGCAUUAUCACGAGACACUGAGAAAAAAUCCAUCAUCCCCUUACAGCACCCUGUCAGACCAGAAGAUAUCGAAUAACCUUUGCUGUGGUUCUUGGGCAAAAUUGCAAGCAAACUGCGGUGCUUUUAUAUAUUCUUUAUAAUAAUCCCAUGGCAAAAAUCAAGAUUAAAUUGGCUCGGUGCCAGACAGAA